AAUCUUUUACACAACGCCCAAUAACUUGAGAACCAAAAUUAAGUUGGAUUCCGGACUUCUUCCCCUUCAAACUCUACAAUAAUAGUAGUUGGGAGUCUUGAGACCGUUGAUCUUUGCCGGGGAGAGACAGAUGGCAUUGUCUAGUUGCAGCAAUCUGGUGGGCGGUCCGCUUACUUUGGCGGCGGUCGGAGAAACCCAGUUGCCCACGAAGCGCUCGAUGUCGGUGACAACCACCACCACCACAAAGCACAGAGCUCUUCCUCUUCAGGUGAGAAGUGAGGGAAAACAAAAAGCAGGCUCUCCAAAAACCUUCGGAGUUUCACGAAGAGAUGUGAUGUUAUCUUUGCCAGUUGGGACAUUGGCAUCACUCACUCUUCUUCCAACAGAACCUGCCGAAGCACGCAUUGUCAAUCCCGAGAUCAGGAAGAAGAUUUUUGAAAAGUUAGAGAAGAUAAGGGAACACUUUGGUUUGUCAAAGCCAAAAACCAAUGACGGGAAAGAGGAAUACCCAUCACCACCACCACCACCAUCAUUGGAGGAGAAAAAUCCUCAAACAUUGCCACCAGCACUGCCCCUGGAUCCUCAAGGGAACCUACUUGUACCUCUACCUCCUGUCGAAGUAAUUCUCCCUUGAGAUUGUAAUUGUUGUUUUCAGAUAAAUAAUCGCCCAACUUUUGGGGUCAACGAAACAGUCGAGUGUUAACACUACCGAAGGCCUAUGGGUGCAUGGUUAUUUUUCCUCUUUAGUUAACGAUUUGGACAAUUUUUCAGC